GUUGUAAGUUGUGUGUGACUGUGUGUUGGCACUUUGGCAGAUGACAAUCCAUCAAUUUUAUAACCUUAAUAUUCGGUGAAUUUAAAGCACAAAAAUUCUAUGAGAUUUUGGCCUGUACUUAAAAUUGAAGUAAAGUUAAAGCAAUACUUAUGAGCAAUGAGUGGACAAAAAUUUCAAUAUGACGAGAGUGGUGGAACGUUUUUCUACUUUCUUCUCUCAUUUUUGGCAUUACUUUUGGUACCUGCAACUUAUUACUUGUGGCCACGUUGUUCAAAACCAGAUCCAAACCAGUUGGCAAAAGAGUGUAACUGCGAUGGGUGUAAAAAGAAAAAGAAAAUAUUGCAAUUGAAUGAUCCUUGGAAAGAAACGAGAGCAUUUUCCAAAAAAGUUUUAAUAAUAUUCGGAUGGAUAACAUUACUUUUCUUAGCAUAUAAAGUAUCGCAAUUCGAUUAUGAAAUGGCAAAUUUUGAUCCAUUUGAGAUUCUCGGCGUUUCACAGGGAUCGUCACAAGCAGAAAUAAAGAGAGCAUAUCGCAAAUUAUCACUUAUUUUGCAUCCUGACAAAGAAACGGGGAAUGAGAAGGCGUUUAUGAAAUUAACGAAAGCUUAUCAGGCGUUAACGGAUGAUGAAGCACGAAAGAAUUGGGAAAAAUACGGGAAUCCAGAUGGUCCGGGUGCAAUGAGUUUCGGAAUAGCCUUACCUUCCUGGAUUGUUGAAAAAGAAAAUUCAGUUUGGGUCUUGGGAUUAUAUGCGUUGGUUUUUAUGGUCGCUUUACCAACAGUUGUCGGGAUGUGGUGGUACAAAAGUAUUCGCUACACUGGCGAUCAAGUUUUACUCUCAACGACUGAGCUUUAUUAUUCAUUUUUCUUUCACACCCCGACAAUGUCAAUAAAAAGGAUAAUUAUGGUCCUUGGAGCUUCCUUUGAGUUUUCAAAGAGAUUUAAUGCUGAAAUUGUCGAAAGACUCUCUGACAAUGAGGAAGUUCCUGUGCUUAUUAAACAACUGAGUGACUUGCGAGAAAAAAAUAAAGAGGCUCCACUUUGUCAUUUAUAUUCAAUAAAAGCAAGAGCAAUAUUGCAUGCACACUUAUCUCGCAUUUCACUUAAUCCAGAAACUUUGGAAAAAGAUAGACAGUAUAUUAUUAAAAAAUGUCCAUACCUAAUUCAAGAAAUGAUUUCUGCCGUUAAUCAGUUAAUAAUUUUAGCUUACGCUAGACGAAUCGCUCAUUUACCAACUAUAGAAACUAUAGAAAAUUGUAUGAAAUUAUGUCCCAUGGUGGUUCAAGGAUUCUGGGAACAUAAGAAUCCCCUUCUUCAACUUCCUCACAUUAAGGAAGAACAUCUUAAACAUUUCUUAGCUAAGAAGCGACAAAUCAAAAGUCUUCAACAAUUAGCGCAAUUGAAAGGAGAAGAUAGGAGACAAUUGUUACGAAAUUUGACAGAAAGUGAAUACAAUGACGUAAUGAAAGUCCUCGGCAGUUUGCCUUUUGUCGAUUUUAAAGUUCGUUCAGAAGUUAUUGACGACGAGAAUCCAACAGUUUACACUGCUGGAGCAAUAGUAACAGUAACAGUGACACUAACUCGUAAAGACAUGAAACAUUUGUUCGGUGACGAGACAGUUAAGGAGCAAACAAUAAUCGACGAAACCAAAGUGGAAGUUGUUAAGGAAAAAGAAACGCCUGACGAGCAAAAUCAAAGUGUGAAACGUCCCGCUUGGCUUAAGCAGCAAAAGGGGCAGAAAAAAUCCCACAAUAAAAAGGGAAGCAAUAAGAAAGUACCCACUGCCAAAAUAGUACCACAGGCCCCGAGUGAAAAUCACACAAGCCAGCAAAACAGUGCACCAAACGAAAGAAAGAAAACUGAAAAUAAAGUACUUAAGGAAAAGAGCUCCGAUGUCAGUGACAGUGAGGCGGACAGCGAGAGAAGCGAUGAUGAGGAAAGUACUCAAGAGAAGAAAGACUCUACUGUUGAUGACGAUGAUAUCGAGUGGGAAAGAUUUCAGCAGAGAUCAAAGAAGAGAGACAAAGUUUUGGAAGGUAGAAGUAAUUUAUCGCACCAAGUGCACUGUCCCUAUUUUCCUGAUGUAAAACAGGAAUAUUGGUGGGUUUAUAUCUGCGACAGAAAAAGUCGCACCCUAUUGACAGCACCUGUACAUGUUACCUCCUUAGUUGACACUGAAGAAAUUCAACUUCGUUUUACCGCUCCAAGAUGGCCAAAUUUGUACACCUUUACAGUUUGUCUACGCAGUGAUUCUUAUCUUGGUUUUGACCAAGCUCAGGACAUCAAGUUGGACGUAAAAGAAGCCCCCGAAGUUCCGGUUGAGCAUCCUCAAUGGGAUAUGUCUGAUGAAGAAACGGCAGAAGAUGUGGACAACGUCGAUGAACAUUCCGAGUUUACAACUGACGAGGAUGUCAGUGACAAUGAAUAAAUAUAAAAAAAUAACAUUUAUCAAGGCUCCAUUGGGAAUGGUCCUCCAGAUUGUGAAUUUUUAUGUUUUUUACUUCUGAUAUUAGACUGAAAGGGUGUUUUUUAUGUGGAACUAUAGUGUAUAAUUGGUGCAUAAUGUGAGAUUAGUGCAGCAUUCAGCAUUUCUCAGAAAAGGUCAUUAAUCGUGAAUGAAAAAUGAUAUUUAUUUUAACAUUGUUGCUCGAUUAUUGAUCUUAGAAACUACCCAUGCACAACUUUUUAAUAAAAUGAAAUUGUCUAUACGUUUAA